AUGUUCUACGUUGUUCCGACCGACGUCUGGGCGGACUUCUCCAUCCUCGCUGAAAUCUCGAUCGACACCUCCGCAUCCCAUGUGUUCGACAGGAUCCUUGACUUGGACGGAUACGGCGCAUGGAGCACAUACGCGACGCACGCAACGAAGGCGUCGUCAGAAGACUCGCCCGACCGCAAAUGGAUGGUCGUCGCGUCCAGCCCGAUGUCACAUUGGCUGCUCUAG